AUGGCACCACCACGAAAAAAGGCAACAGUUAGAAAAGAAAAUGCAAAGCAAGCAUCUAUUUUCAAACAAGCAAAAAACGUAGAGAUUCAACACGAAGCAGAAAAAGAAGUUUUAUUGCCGAGACUGAAAAAUGAAGUGUUUUAUCUGAAAAAGGAAGUGGAAGAACUGAAGGAAAAUCUGAAAUCUUCUAACAAAAAUCUGCUAGAUGCACAACUGGAAAUAAAAAGAUUGAAAAGUGAAAACGAUAUUCUUAUUGCAACAAGAAAGUACGAAAAUGAUCAAUUUUCAUCUUCGCUUCUCGAGAAACAAAAAGAAGGCAUCGAUCUCAAGUGUAGAGCUGACCAACUGCAGAAACGUGUUGACGCAUUGGUCGAAGAGUCGCCAAGCCGCGGAAAAUGCCUGAAAGAAUAUAGUAUGAUUAAGGCUACCAGCACCAAGAAAGAUCGUUAUGAAAGAAUUAUUAAAAUGAUUUCUUCAUUUGUGGGACAUCUCAAUGUUGACGCCUUCUUGUAUGACUUCUUGAAAAUGGCAGACGAAGAUGAGGAAUUGAAUUUCACUAUGAAGUUGUCUCCCUGGAAUUGCUUCUUCAUUGCUGUAAAACAUCAACUAUCAGACGGAUUUUUAAAAGAUUUCAAGCAAUUCACAAAAGAGCAUUUGCAUAUUGAUAUUUUUGCAUCUCGUCAGAAAAUUGAGGAAGUAAAGAAGAAGUUCGCAACUUCUAAAUAUUACACGUUUGAACGUCAGACUGUAAUGAAACCAUCACGAAGUGGGAAGCAAGUCAUGGCAGAAACCGCGCUUGUAAAGGCCAAUGAUGUCCACGAGUUACUGUCUAGACGAUUGGAAGUGUUGAGUCGGCAUGGACGUCUUCUUUUCGAUGAUGGCACAAAAGACAACAUCGUUAUUGGAGUUGGUGGAGAUAAGGGUUCUGACACAACCAAACUUGUCAUCGUCUUAGAAAACGUCGACAGUCCCAAUGAUCCCCAUGCAGUACUUCUCCUUGGCCUUUACACUGGCAACGACAGUCACUCCCUUUUGAAACAGAAUUUUGCAUCAGUUUUCGAUCAAUUAAACCAACUUCAUAGUGUGCGAUAUUUUGAUGGAAGCAAUAAUGUUGAAAAAGCUGUUGUUAUGAAGCCACUGGGAGACUGCAAGUUUGUGUCGGCAAUGUAUGGUCACGCAGGACAAAACUCCAAAUCUCCUUGCUAUGUGUGCAAUUUAGCAUGGUCUACACAUGGAUCCGACACUGCCAGUCUUAAGAAUUUCGAUUUUGAGUUGUCCGGAGAAAUUCGUACUCUUUCCGAUCUUAAAAAAACCGGCGUUCCUCUUCUCGAUGUUGAUCCUUUGAACGCUGGCCCUCCUGGAGUUCACACUAUUCUUGGAAUUUGUCAGUAUUAUUGUAUAGAUUGGCUCAUUGCAAUGGCUAUCAACUUUGACACUGGCUCAUCAUCUCCAGCAAAUCUGAAACAACUAAAGAAAGACUUGAAGAAACUGGUUUUGGAAACAGAAGAAACAACUAAUUUAGUUGAUUCUCUAGAAAGUUCACUGGAAAGAAUUAACGAUGCCGUGACUACCAUUCAAAAAAACUGCAAGACUACUAAGCCAAAACAAAAGAAUUCUUCUCACUGCACAUCUUCGUUUUGUAUUGUUGGAUCUUCUAAAAAGUCAUCGUUUCGUGAUUCUUCAAUCUUCCAGUGCACUUCGUGUAAAGCUGCCAUUCACGAUGUUUGUGCAUUUUACAUUACGGAAGAGCAGCGACUUGUGAUGGACCAAACGAAUGCAGUUUGUUUGGAUUGUCGUCAUGGAAUGAUUCCGUCGAUUCCCGAUCGUCUCUCUCUGGCCCUUGAAAUUCAGAAAUCGGUGAACGAGCAGCUCCUGCAAGCUCAGGAUAUCUUAGAAGUUGCUGAUAAUGAGCGAUUGAAAUUGGAGCAACAUCUUAAAGGCUCCCGUAUUCAAAGUGAAGUUUCGACUCGUCAACUUCUCGAAGCUGCCCUCAGAAGUAUCGGAUGUGACAGUAGAAUUUGGUACCAAGAUUUGACAGGGAACCAGGCUCGAAAGUUUCUCCGCCAUUCUUCCAUUGAUAAAGUUCUUGCGGUUUUCACUUCUAACAGCAGAAGAGCUCCAAACGCUUCGGAAAAACAAAAAAUCGAUUUGAUGCGAUCAGUGAUGUUGGAUCUUGCUACAUUGAUGUCGGCCGCCUCGAAUUCAGUGAAAAAUGAUGAUGAGAUUGAGGAAAUUGAGAGAGUUUUGGAGAGAUUUGUUGGAAAUCUUCGCGAAGCUCAACCAGAUGCUUCUGUGACUCCAAAGCUUCAUUUAUUGUCGUCACAUCUCAUUCCAUAUCUGAAGCGUUAUCGUAGUUGGGGAAGAGUGACUGAGCAAGGAAUCGAAAGCUUGCAUGCCAUCUUCAACAGGCUCAACGUUCGAUUUGCCGCUGUUCGGGAUCCGAUCCAGAAAGCUACUCUUAUCGUCGAUCGAUUAUCCCAUUUCAAUCUUAUUUUUGAUAUUGGUUCUUCUUGGUUCAAAGAGGAAUAG